GAUCCACGCCGCUCGCUUUCGUGGAAAUGUGUUUUGACGCUUCGCUGCCUGCAUCCAGCGAUCAGACGGGCGCGUGCGUUGUGAACAAAUCCUCGAUGCAUUCAUUUCCCAUCAUCACCAUCAUCCAUAUUUCUGGACGCACAGCCAUCAUAAUAGCGACAGCAUCAGCACCACCACAGUGAAAGGUGAUGAAGCUGUUGGUGAAAUGGUCAGAGCCGAGAGACUAUUUGAGAAGAAAUGCAUGCACUUGAAGUGUGAAGGGCAAGGAGGAGACGGGAUGAUGUGCCGCUGAUCAUGCGACUUCGUCCGGGCUGCCGCUCUCGAGAAACCGCAUCGGGACCCGCGGCGGAUGGGGUGACUUUCCCGCAGGGGAAGACCCGCUCCGGGGCCGACACAUCCUGAAGCGCCGACGGCUAUCCCCGGGGUGUCUCCGCGGGCCAGAGGGACGGAGGAAAGAUGCAGGAGGCGACGGCUGAUGGAGAGGAGCCCAUUCUGGACGGAGCUGCAAGGGAAGAGCAGCGUCCGGUGAAGCAGUCCUUGGCUGCCUCUCUGUGUCGAGAGUCUCACUGGAAGUGUCUUCUCCUUACUCUGCUCAUGUUCGGCUGUUUUGGCACACUGGCCUGGUGCAAGCUGUGCAAAGUUCCAGUGCUUGCUCCAACAGAGCCAGAAGCUGCAGUUGAGGAGCCCGGACACCCCUCUACGACCUCUGCAAGCUCCGAUGUCUUCACCCCUCUAGAAGGGGAUCUGGAUAGUCCUUGUUCCAGCGGCUACAUUUAUAUUCCUCUGGCUUUCCUGGCUAUGCUGUAUGUUGUUUACCUGGUGGAAUGCUGGCACUGCUACUCCAAAACGGCCAUGUUGGCUCAAGCAGAGGUUGCGGAGGUGUACGAGCGCGUGCAGAGACUGCAACAAGCAACACCGUGCAUUUGGUGGAAGGCCAUCAGUUACCACUAUGUGCGACGGACAAGACAGGUGACUCGAUAUCGCAAUGGAGAUGCCUACACCACGACACAAGUGUAUCAUGAGCGUGUAAACACACACGCGGCAAGCUCAGAGUUUGACUACGCUAGGUACGGCGUCAAAGACGUUUCAAAGGAACUAAGGGGAUUAAUGGAUCACCCGGCCGUGCGGCUGCGCUUCACCAAAUGCUUUAGUUUCGCAAGUGCCCGAGCUGAGGCUGCCUACCUCACCCAGCGGGCACGUUUUUUUGGUGAAAAUGAAGGACUUGAUGAUUACAUGGAGGCACGGGAGGGAAUGCAUUUGAAGAAUGUGGAUUUCCGUGAACACAUCCUAGCUUUCCCUGACCCAGCCAGACAGCCCUGGUACGCCAGGCGUAAGGUUUUCUGGCUGGCCUCGGCUCUGCUCCUGUCCUGGCCACUUCGGGUUGUUGCGGAGUAUCGCACUGCAUAUGUGCACUACCAUGUAGAGAAACUGUUUGGGGACGCUGAUGACAACAAUAGAGGCGAUGUAACCGAGAAUGGUGGGAGCAACGAAAAUGGGAACGGACCUGGCACUGGAUCAAGCUAUCGUGCUAUUUCACGAGUUAAUACAGUGGACAUGACAGAGCUGGAGUGGCACAUUCGCUGCAACCAACAGAUGGUCCCAAGCUACUCCGAAGCUCUGUUGAUGGAUCCUGGUUCAGUUACCAAUCAAGGUACCAGCACUCCUCCAGCGGGGCAGGGGGCAAACUCGACAGCGAGUGGCCCAACUCUUCCGGUGGCCUUCACCUCUGCCUACUUGCUCCAAAACUGUCCUCGGUGCCGCCGCACCACGAGCAGCGCUUCCCUUCCAUCCCGACUCAGAGGCCCGACCGCAGCUCUGCUGAGUGGAACUAUGGCUGGGAUGAGAGCUAGUGGAUCAGGAGGCGGUGCUGGAGGUCCAGGACGACUGGUUCUAAGCAGGAGCGGCUUCUCAUUGGGACGACUCCAGGCCCCUCGUCCUCCGUCCCUCUUCCACUCCCGAAGUGUCGGUGGAGGACUAGCAGCAAGAGGAGAAGAGACAGGUGGAGGAGGGGGAUUUUUGGGUUUGGGAUCCAGACAAGAUGAAGAGAGCAGAAGAGUGCUGGAGGGAGAGGGUGACGAGGAAGAGGAGGCGGUAAAUGUGGCGGAAAGAGAAGAAGAAGGUGAGAGAGAAGGGGAGCAAAGAGAGCAACAGGAGGAUGCAGAAGAAGAGGAAGCAAGGGAAGGAGACAGACCUCCUACAUAUCAGGAUGCCUUUUUCUUCCCCGUGUUGAUUGUGCAUGGAGAGGAGAGCUGCCAUUCAGGUGAGGACAUUUCCUGAAGAAAAGACAUUAAACCCUGAUCAAAAAGAGCACUAAAGUGUCAGGAGUAGAGAAAGACCAUUUGAAAACUCAUGGCCAAUUCAAUAGAGUGUGAAGGGAGUCAUUUGUCAGUUGACCUUUCUCUAAGCUCCACUUCCCUUGAUCACUGUUGCUAAAUCGGACAAACUGUGCAAGAACAAACUAGAGAUUAAAAUAUACCGUGUUUUUAAAUUUUAAAGUAUGCAUGCUUGGUGAUUAAACAAAAAAGGUGAGAACCAAGGUGAAUGCUGAUCACAAGAAACUGAAAAGAGAUGCAACUUGUUUAUCAGAGUUUAAUUAAUACUACUUAAAGAUUAGGAAAAAAUACAGUUUGUAUCGACUUCAGGUACCUUGUGCCAUUUUACUAGUGACCGGAUAACAUGGUUUAUCAUUAUUAGAAAUUAUCCUCUACCACAGAUCUUCCAUAGACUUUCACAAGAAAAGCUCGUUUGAGAAAAACAUAAAUGCCAACAGUUGCUAAAGUGGGACUGGUCUUUUUUAAAGCGGCACUUAGAGAAGGUUAAAGUGGUUUAUUUUAAGCCCAACCUGAGUAUGAGAAUGCAUAAAAAUGUCCAAAGUGUCAGACACCUAUUGUAAACAAUGACUGACAUUAAUAUAAACGUAUCUAUGCAAUAAAUAAGAGAGGGUUUGUAAAAUCUAAAGGGGAUACACAAAAAAAGACAUCUCCCAACGUACUGCUCCUCCUCUGGUCAUGGAGAAAAACGCAUCAAAAGACAUGCUACCAAAAUGAAAGGCAGUCGAAAAGUCUUCCAAAGAUCAUGAAGAGUUUAUCAAGAGGAAUGUUAUUAAUCUACAUAAACA